CAUACUAUGUGAUCAACCAUGUCAGAAAAGGAAGUAAAUUGAUAAAGCUAGCGAUUAGGUCAAACAAAGUUUACAUAGUUACUCUUGAACCCCUAGUGAAUGCAACAAUGAUAAAAAGGAUAUACCAUAAUUCUGACAAGACAGGAUGUUGAUUGCAGUUGGAGCUACUUCGAUUACUGGAAAUACUCGUAUCGUUCCCUGCUACCUGGACGACUGACUUGAUGAUCAAUGGCAGGCUUCAAAAGUGUGCAAGAUCAAGAUGAUUUUGUAAUGCGUGACUUAUCGCGUUCAUUGGCAGCUCUUCUUGGAUAUUUGGAGAAACAUAGAACGCCAUAUUCAAGUGAUAUAGAUAAAUUGUCAUCAAAAGUAAGAACAGAUAUCAGAAAGGUGAAACUACGUGUGAAGAAUCUCAAAAGUUCAGAGAGACGGUUAACAAGAAGAACAGAAUCUUUGCGAAAUGAACUUGCAUGUAUUGAUAAUUACACAAAAAUCAAACGUAAAAUAAGACAUGAGUUAAGGCAAGAAUUAGACAACAGCAGACGAUCCCAGAGAUUAAUUCCACAAACUAGGAUAAAACGAGAUCAGCUCAGACGAGAUAUGGAACGACAGGCUGAAAGAAAUACGCAACUUACUAGACAAAACGAAGAAGCAACUGUUAUUAUCUUGUCACAAGUCCAUGAAGUUUCGCGACUUCAGGAAGAGAUUUUUGGUCUGAAAGUUAAUCUAAAAGAUCUAAAGGCAUUUUCUGAUGCAAACAUGACCGACAUACAUUAUAGGUAUAAACUGUUAACUAACAGAUUGUUAAAGGAAAAAGAUGACCAGUUGUGUAAAAUGCAACUUAUUGUGAGCAAACUGCGUGAAACACAGGCAAACUGCGGAGGACGUUUACAAUGCACGGCACUACAGUGUUAUGAGGGUGAAAUUGGGCGCCAUGCUCUGAACACAAAGAGGAACUAAUGACAGAAAAAAAGGGUCUUGAAGCAGAUUCGCGGCGCCGUGAUCGGAAACUUAAAGAAAACGACGAUAAAAUGAAUGAAUUAAAUGAAUUUAUCUCCUCCCUAUAUAUGAAAAUAAAGUCUUCAGAGAAAGACA